AGCGCCGGCUUGUUUGCGUCUUGUGAGCCCGGUUGUGGCGUGGAGGAAGUUUUUUGAGGUUGCAGGUGUGGGACGAAGAAUUUGGUGGCGAGUUUGGGAGGGUUGUAGAAAAAUCACGGAAGAGAAAGAGGAAGGGGAAGAAGAAGGAGAAGGAGGAGGAGAGGGAGCAAAAUGCCGGUCGAGAGCGUGUUGGUAGAGGCAGAGACGGUGGAAAAGGAGGACGAAGGAGAGAAGCGGGAGAUUGGGAAGCUGGCAGCAUGGACAGUGAGCUCAAAUAAGCCGGGGAAUGGAGUUGAAAUGCUGCGAGAUAACAAUCUCUUGACCUAUUGGCAAUCUGAUGGCUCGCAACCACACCUUGUCAAUAUUCAAUUCCCGAAGAAAGUUCGACUACAGCAAGUUGCGCUUUUCGUGGAUUUCAAGGUCGAUGAGAGUUACACCCCGAACAAGAUAUCAAUUCGAGCUGGCAAUUCUUUUCAUGAUCUUCGGGAAAUAAAGGUCAUAGACCUUAUGGAGCCCAUGGGCUGGGUUAACAUCUCAUUGUGCAAGAAUGAUUCCAAAGACUUUUUGCGUGCAUUUUUCGUGCAGUUGGCAGUCUUGUCAAAUCAUCAGAAUGGAAGAGAUACCCACAUUCGGCAGAUUAAGAUCUAUGGCCCUCGCCAAACGGCUGUAAUUGGGCAGCCCUUUGAGUUUACUACGAUUGAGUUUAGUUCACGCUCCACUAUCCGCUAGCUUGCAAAACAAGCACCCCACGGAACAAAAUUUAGGUCCUGAAAAAUGAUUAUCCUCUUUAAAUGUAACAUACUUUUUUUUAUACAUUUUUGUUUUUUUUAAUCUUUUUUUAAUCUUAAUUUCUUCAUUUAA